UUAAUACAUAUUUUAUAGGUAUUGAUACUGAAAUUAAAUAAAGAAGCACCAUACAAGAGGGACAUAUUCCGUGCUCCUGGACAUCAGGGAAAUAUGAAGAAACUGAUUCAUUUCCUUCAGCAUGGAAGGCUUAUAAAUAUUGAUAAUUUUUCAGUGUAUACUAUUGCUUCAGUAUUGAAGAAAUUUCUUCGAAAAUUGCCUGGUGGUAUCUUUGGUCAAGAAAAUGAGGAAGAAUUAUUCAGUAUAAUAAAUAUAGAAAAUAUAGAUGAGAAACGUGAAAGAAUUCAUCGGUUAAUCACUUCACUUCCAGUUGUUGCUCAACACCUGUUGGUGCUUUUAUUUGGAACAUUCCGUGCCAUUGCUCAGGCAGCAGAUCGUGCUCAAACUGGCAUGUCUUCUGAAGCUUUAGGAGUCAGUGUGGCUCCAAGUUUUUUUCAAUCUUGUGUGAGUGAUGGAAAAGUAGCUAGAAUGGAAGAUGUUAUUAGAUUUAAGAUUGCAACUAGAAUCAUGAAAUUUUUGAUAGAUAAUUUUGGUGUUAGUAAUUUAUUUGGAAGAGAGAAUUAUGAAUAUUAUGCACGGAUUACUGGCCGGAUUUUGAAAGUGGAAGAAGAUUGGAUUUUUGCAUUUCGCUACCCACCGGAUACACUUAUUUCACGUAAAGAGUCUCUACAGGCUGAAAAAUCAUGGUUGCAACAAGAAGCUGAACGCUGGGGACUUAGGUUUAAUUUAGAAGCUAUUUCAAAUCAGGAAGAAUGUCAAAGUACUCCGGCACUAAUUCAUAGCGGUGAUCCCAUGAUUCAGAUUGAGGGACCAGCCCCAAGCAGUAGCCUGACUAAUCUGGGCGAAGCAUAUACUCGACUCAGUGUUUCUCUGGAAGAAAAUGGUAUUUAUCAGAUUUCCUCUCCCUCACUCUCACAUUUAGCAUUGGAUGAAUUGAAAGCUGUUAAUAGAUAUGCAGAAAGCACUAAGUCAUUGACAUUCUUGCCACAAGUUCAUGAACGUCAGGCAGCUAGAAUGCGAACUCGCUCAGAAUGGUUUCUAAAUCCUUCUCUUUGUUCGUCUCUUAUUCCUGCUGUUGAUGCUGAUGAAACUGGUUCUGUAGUUUGUAAGAUUUUAAACUUGGAUGAGAAUAAAUGCCCAUCGGCAUCGUCAAGUGUGUCACUAAAUUCAAACAUCCCCUCAGGAGGAAUUGAAAGAGAACGUCAACUUAUACGUCGGACUUCUAGCAAAGAAAAGAAAUUAGUGAGGAGAUCAUCUAGCAAAAAACAAGAUAAAGAAAAUGGGAACAAUUAUACGAGCAGCAAACAUGGAAGUUCACAUUACGGUUUGCCUUCGUCGAGUGGCAUAUCAUAUGAAGGGAAAUUACAAACCACUGCCAGUCCUAAAAGAGGAACAAGUGGAACCAGUUCUCCCGGGAUCACAGAACAAGACUGCACCGAAGUAGAUGUACAAACUUUUCACGUAACUCUUACAUACAAACCUCGAAUAUAAAUAUUAUUUGGUCAAA